AUGGAUGGUCUUGGUCGUCAUGAUAAACUCGGAAAGUCUCCCCUGCUCAUUCGAUUGAAGGCCGUGGGUUCCGAUGUGAACUUCUUCACACGUUUUUCUCGGAUCAAUUUUGGAAAUGAAAUUGCCAAUUAUGACCUUGUGGAAGCGCUCUCUUACGAGGCGGAGACGUGGGCAGACACCGCUGCCAUGUCUAUGAAGGUGUUCACCACCCGCAGAGCCCUUGAGAGAUGUAUUUUGAAGUUUAACCGUCGCACACAACAUCUACCUGGUCCUCGCAGCUCCGACUUACGAGCAAUGUCCCGUCUUCGCGAUCCAACGGAACAUAUAUCGAAAGCAAAGCAUAAAUGA